AUGUCGAUGCUCAAUUCGUUUUUCGCUCAGGGUUUUAAGGCUUCUAAAUGCAAAACUCUGCUUAAACUGUCAAUUCCGCGGAUAAAGUUACUCAGAAACAGAAGAGAAAUUCAAUUGAAGAAUAUGCGACGUGAGAUUGCCAAGUUACUUGAGACUGGUCAAGAAGCCACGGCUCGUAUUAGGGUAGAACAUAUUAUUAGAGAGGAGAACAUGAUGGCUGCUCAAGAGAUCCUUGAGCUCUUUUGUGAACUUGUUUCUGUCCGCCUUCCAAUUAUUGAAUCUCAAAGGGAAUGUCCCCUAGACUUGAAGGAAGCUAUAUCUAGUAUAUGUUUUGCUGCACCUAGGUGUGCCGAUUUGCCAGAGUUGUUGCAAGUUCAGUUGCAAUUUGCAACCAAAUAUGGGAAGGAAUUUAUUUCUGCUGCUACUGAGCUCAGGCCAGAUUGUGGUGUUAAUCGACAGUUAAUAGAGCUGCUGUCAAUUCGUGCUCCUUCACCAGAAAAGAAACUCAAUCUUCUAAAAGACAUUGCUACUGAACAUGAGCUAGAGUGGGAUCCAGCUACUUCUGAAAUUGAAAUGUUUAAAAAACAUGAAGACUUACUGAAUGGCCCAGCGGAGUUUUUUAAUGGGUCAAAAUUGCCCCUUCCUGAAGAAAAACAUGAGGAGCAGUUGUAUUCCACUCAUGAUACACCCAAAAAAGAGCAAUUUGAUUCUGAUUCGGACUCUGACAUGUUGGACUUUCCGGAAGUUCCAAAGGUAUCUGUCCAGCCAAGUGCAAAUUUUGCCACAGCUCCUGAUAUGGUUAUACCUCCAGCAGCUAUGCCACACCCUAAAGUUGAUUUUCAUUCAUCAAGCCAUUCUGGAGAAUUUGCAGAUAUGAAGCAGGAACACAUUGAGUCAACAGUUCACCGAGAUGAACCACAUGCUUCAUUUGAUAAAGUGGAAAGUAAACAAUUUUUGCCAUUCAUCUCCCCUCCAUCAGAAUCAUCUGGAUCAUAUUAUGCAAUGCAUAGUGACUCACCAUCAGAAUCAUUUGCAUCAUAUGGUGUAAGGCAUAGUGACUUGCCUCCCUUGUCAACUGCAAAAUCUAUCUCGCCUCCGUCAGAACCAUCUGCAUCAUUUACUGCAACAAGGCAUAGUGACUCAGCUCCCUCUUUAUCAACUGUAAAACCCGAAGCUAAGGACUUCUCUUUAUCAACUGCAAAAUCUGAAGCUAAUUUGGACCUGCAAGAUGUUGUAGCUGCCGCACAUGCUGCUGCCGAAACUGCUGAACGUGCGGCAGCUGCGGCUCGUUCAGCAGCCAGCCUUGCUCAACUCCGUAUUAGCGAGCUUACCAAGAUGAGAAGUAAUGAACAUAUACCUGAAGAUAGCUCUGAGAAUCCAUUUUAUGCUGGAGGCAAUAAUGAAUCUACAACAGAAAGGGAUCAUUUCACUGAGCAAAAUGCUGCAAGUAACCCUGAUGGCAAUGUUAUUAAGGAUCAUGAUAUUCACUAUAAUCAUUAUGAUUCCAAACGCUCUCAUUCAUCAAGUUUUCCUUCAUUUGACACACACAAGGAAGAUUUUGAUUCUUCUCUACCCACUGAUCAUGGUUUGGAUGAUAGAUCCAAUAGUCACCAGCCUAAGAGAUUACCUUCAAUGGAAGACGACCCAUAUUUCUCAUAUCCCAACUUAUUCACCUCUCAAAACUCAAAUAUUGGAUCUCACACUCAUUCAGAUAAUAGCCGCACCACUUAUGACAUGUGA